AUGUCUCUUUGGAAUAACCGAACCCUGUGCUGGUCUUGCCAGUUCACGAAGCUCACGGAGGUGAAAGUUUUAGGGUUAUGUAAAAACUCGGUUCUCGAUUUGCACUAUGUCUUAGCAGGGGACAAAAAUGGAUACCCACACUUCACUGGUUCCCGUAGAUCCCACAUAUUCUGGAGCCCCGAAAACCAGACGUACGUGAUGCAGUCCCUGUGGAACAACCAAUCUUACGGCGUCAUGAAGAAAAGAGGCGGAGGAACACCACUGCCAAUAGGGACACACACCUGGUCCUUCAGUUCGGCUCUCUGCUCUGGUCGUCCGUCGUCUCUGAGGCUGACCUUGUCGGCCUGUAGCUCCGGUUACUUCACGUGCGGAGACGGUUCGUGUGUGGCUUUUAAUGAGCGGUGUGACAGGCGCACAAACUGCAAAGAUUAUUCCGAUGAAGAGGAUUGCAGUGUCUUGCAAAUUACGGACGGCUACCGACCAGAGAUUCCACCUCCAUCCAUUGACAAUGCAACGGCCUUAAACGUCCUGGUUCGAGUUUACGUCGUUACCUUGACGUCUAUCAACACUGUCAAUAUGGAAUUCACGGCUGAUUUUAUUUUGCAGAUGAGGUGGUACGACGCGCGCCUCUUCUUCGAGAACCUCAAAGACGAAACAGAUCUAAAUGCUCUAACACAAAUGGAAAAGAAAUCUAUUUGGGUUCCCACACUAAGUUUCAAAAGCGCUCGAGGCAACAGACGAAGCUUGCUCGACGAAGAGACCAAAGUGUACGUUCUGAAAAGGGGGCAGCCAAUACCAGCGGAUAUGACAUUUGUACAUGAGAUUGAAGUGUACAACGGACGCACUGCCCAGCUCUUGCUCGAGAGAAAGUAUCACGUCUUAUAUGGCUGCACAUUCGAACUUCAGAUGUAUCCAUUCGACACUCAGAUCUGCACAAUGAGCUUCCAAACUCAAUCUGCCACGAAAAUGUACGUAAAACUUGUGGCAGACUACGUCACGUUUCUUGGCAGAAGGCAGCUGGUUGAAUAUGUGGUCGGCGAUGUUACGAUGGUUGAUGUGAACGAUAACUCGAGCUACAGCAGUUUGAAGCUUGACAUGGUGCUAAUCAGGCAGAGUGGAUAUCACUUGGUUACGACUUAUUUGCCAACUUCAAUAAUGAUCGUCAUAGCAUAUAUUACCUUCUACUUCAAGGUCCACGAUUUCAAUGACCGCGUGAUGGUCUCCCUCACGUCCCUCUUGGUGCUAUCCUCUCUCCUUACACAGACUUCAGAAACUCUACCCAAGACGUCCUACUUCAAGAUGGUCGACAUCUGGCUCUUCUUCUGCAUAGUCAUAAUCUUCAUGGUCAUUCUUAUCCAUACCGCAUCCAUCUGUGUACAAGAUGACGACGAGAUGUGCGCUAUGGAUGAUCAGACUCAUGGAAACGAUGGGUCUAAUGAUCGAUUUGGUGGACAGGUUAGAGCUGGAAAUGGUUUGAAAAAGCUACAUAUUAGGUGCAAACGAAGAGUGAGGGUCACUCCAUCUUUCAUUCUGACCUUUGGGAAAAUUAGUAUUCCUUUUGUUGUAGGAAUCUUUAAUAUCAUUUACUGGUCUCUUGCUCUCACCAAGUAAGUGUGAGUGAUCAGGGGAAUAGCUUUCUUUUAAUGCAAAAGAAAGUUAACAAAUUAUUAUGGUUGUAAGUAUUCCAUUAUUUUUUUGAGCAGUCAUAAUUCCAAGUAUCAUGGAAUCUUAAAACUGCUGUGGCAUAUCUGUGGAAUAACACAGCCGAGUUUCACAAUACUUCCACCAAACUAAAUAUGUAGUUUUCAUCAAGUUAUUUAAAUCUGAAAGCUACGGUAUAUCAAUAAAAGAUAUUUAUCCAUCCUUUCAUUUUUGUCAAUAUAUCAGCUGCUACUGAAUUUACAAUACAAGUAUCCAAUGUCAAGUGAAAGGUUUUAAUGUUUUCGUGUAGUAAAUUACCAUAGUACUUAUUAGAUUUUAGUUUGUCUACCUAUUAAUAAUAGUUCUGUGACAUUUGUUUCGUGAGAUGGAACCAUGAUGGGUAAUUUCACUACCAUCAGCAUUGUGAAAAGAGCCCACAUCAUAUAUGGAGUAUUAGUAUGCAGACUCAAUGUUAGUAAAGCCACUCUGGCUUAGAAAAUUUGCCCAAAUUUUCUUCUCGUUUCUUUUUACUUUUUCCAUUCAGAUGAAUAAAGGUAUUUCUUAGCUAGUGAUA